AUGCCGCUAUCUGGGGAUCCAAGUGGACACCAAGCUUCGUUGGGACUACCACCGCGAGAAGGUAAAAACGGGAGCGACGAAGCGACUCUCGGCUGUAUCAGCACUGGCCUCGUCAACAUGGGGCACGCGGGCCAUCAAUCCCCGGCAUGUAUACCGCGCAAUGAUCGUACCCCAGAUGCUUUAUGGAUGCUGGCGUGGCACAUCUUUGGAAAGAGCUACGCAACAAGAGGAGGCGCAAUGAUAAGGACUAUCCAGAGGAUCCAGAGACGGGCAGCUCAGAUCAUUCCAGGAGGCUUCCGGACAACGGCCGGUGCAGCAGUGGACGUCGGAUUUCAUCUACCCCCGGUACAACUGCAACUCGAGCAAAACGCGGUGGAAGCCACAAUGGGCAUUAGAACAACACCACUAUACGACGAUAUGGCCUCAACCGAGGCUGGCAGGGACGAGCCUGGAAGGCCCCUCCAAAGACGCAGCGAACAGAGCGCCUUCGACCGUCUCUCGAGGAUAUUAGAGACUAAGCACGGCGUGCGGCUCGAACUACUGGAGAAACAAAUACUACGCAUCUACACCGAUGGGAGUUGCAUCAACGGCCACGUCGGAGCGGCUGCUGUAAUACCCGCACCGCAGGUUAACGGACUCUAUACGAACCGAACUCAAUACAUGGGGACAUCCUGCACUUUGACGGUGUACGCGGCAGAGCUUAAAGGAUUAGUCCUAGAAUUGCAGAUAAUACUCGAUACACUACCAGCAUGCGUUCCCCCGAACAAGCGCGCCGUUAUAUUCACCGACAACCAAGCUGCCAUCCAAGCCAUCCUGAACCCCAAACACACGUCUGGACAAUACAUUCUGGCCGAGGCGGUACGAGCGCUUGACGAGCGCCGAAGACAAGGAUGGGAGAUGCAGUUUCGAUGGAUCUCGGCACAUGUCGGAGUGCCUGGAAACGAGGCUGCCGAUCAAGCCGCGAAAGAGGCCGCCGAGUCUGUUCCGAACGCAAGAGCGAACGCUGAACCGCCGCCAGAACCCGACUCUUUAUGGACACUCAUAGCAACCGCCAAGUCUACCAUUCGCCGAGCGAUGAAAAACGAGUGGGAACAGGCUUGGGAGAAAUGCAAACCUUGA